AUGAGUGUGAGAGAGAAACCUGUAGCCAAUAGAUUUCUCGAUAUGAAAGAGAAGGAAUUUAAAUACAAAACACAUUUACAUUUCGUUAAAACUUGCAAACCUAGCAUAGAUAUGACUCAACCAGAAACUCCAAGGAGACUUUUAGUGAUGCAAAAGAAUCAGGAGGAUUAUAGAAGGAGAGUUAAAACUUAUAAUAAAGCACAUGAUCAAAUGAUACGUGACAUGCAACGACCACACACAGCUUUCGGAUAUGAUGAUGAUCAUUCAUCAUCUUCAACACGAAUGUAUGGUGAAAAGAGUCUUGCAUCAACUAGCGAGUUUAAUACAUUUAGAAAAGACUACUCAAGAUCAUCUUCUCGAACUCAAAUGAGCGAACCCAAACAUUCAGUUUAUAGCUUCGCCAUCGAUUCUCCGCCAAGCAAAUCAUCUCCUCCACGACCAACAACCGAAUAUGUUCCACCAACAAUUGACUCAGAGCAAGACCAAAUUAAUAUUGGGAGUGGCAUGGAUGUUGAAGAUACUAUCAUGAAAGCGGUAUUAUCAUUAGGCGAAAAUGCACGCAAUAUGGAUCCAAAUCGUAGCAAGCCAACUCCAAAAUCAGAUUAA